AUGAGGUUCUACGUCCCCGUGCUGCUCAUCGCUGUCGGCACCCAAGCCAACGGGGCUCUGCCCUUUCCUCCGGACCUCACCGCAUUACUCAACCUUCUUGUCACAGAGACAAAGUGCCCCUUCAAGUGCUUCAUUGAUGCCGGCAACGACAUCAAGUCCUGCGAGUCCGGCAUCGUUAAUGCCUUCUGCAGCAGCCUGGCUGAUAUCAAGACUGGUACCGCGGCGUGCCUCCAGGACAAAUGUAAUGCCAGUGAUGACAUUGUCAAAUUUAUGCACAUGUUUUUCGACCAGAUUGCCUGCAAGGAAUGA